CUCGAGCAGUAUAGGAGAUGGAUGAUAACCUACCCUAGCCAGAACGGCUGCCUUUUACUUUUUUCCGCCAUGAUUUCCUGAACUUUGCUAGUUGUUCACGGUUCUGGAGUUUGAUAACCCAUUCUUACGCUCGCCAACCUUAUAUUUUGAGAAAUAACAUUUCGGUACUACUGAUAGAUCCGCUCCAGGUCAAUUUGAUCCGCCAAAUGAAAGCAGAUCUAUUUUGAUGCCGAGGUACGACCGCUCCAUCGGACAACGGACCUAAAAGUAGACUCCGAGAAUUCAGUGAGACUGGCACCGAAGAUGCGAUCCUCACUGUCUCAACCCUUACAUAUUAUUUAUAUUUCCGUUUUGUUUUAUGUUACCUUUGCUAAUUGUUGCUUUUAUAAUUGUUGUAAAUCGAUACAGAAUGUCCCUUCCUCGUAGAUACGAUGUGCGACCUCUUCGCUCAGCGGUCCGUCUCACAUCACGAUGCAAGCCAAUCGCCCCACUAUUAUCUACACCCUCACUCAUAUGCACCAUACGACCCUACGUUAGAUUCAGCUCAUCAACCCCUCUACGCGCUUCCAAAUUCUACAAAUCAGCCGACGCCGCCAUCGCUGACCUCAAACCCGGCUCUACCAUUCUCAGCGCGGGCUUCGGUCUCUGCGGCACCCCAGAGACCAUCAUAGCUGCCAUAGAACGCCGCGGUCCAUCACUGCAUUCUCUCACAGCCGUCUCCAACAAUGCCGGCGCCGGAGCCGGCGGCCUCGCAGCACUCGUGCACUCCGGCCAAGUGGGGCGACUGAUUCUGUCGUUCCUCGGAAGCAACAAGGCCCUCGAGGCAAAGUAUCUCAACGGAGACAUAGCGAUUGAGCUAUGCCCGCAGGGGACGCUGGCAGAGCGAAUCCGCGCAGCGGGAGCGGGCAUCCCGGCAUUCUACACACCCACCGGAAUCUCGACGCUUCUUGAAACGGGCGAUAUCCCCGUGCGUCUCGGCCCCGCGGACUCUAAUGGGGCGCUGACAGUUCUCGAGAGGGGGGUGCCGCGCGAGACGCGCGAAUUCGCCGGGAAGAAAUACAGCAUGGAACACGCGCUUCCCGGUGACGUCGCGAUCCUGCGCGCGUGGCGCGUCGAUGAGGCGGGGAACUGCCAGUUUAGAUACACAACUAAGGCGUUUGGGGGGAUUAUGGCGCAGGCGGCGAGGGUGGCGAUCGUGGAGGCUGAGGAGAUUGUGCCGCUAGGGUCGAUACACCCUGAUGAUGUGCAUUUGCCUGGGAUCUUUGUGGAUCGUAUUGUGCCUGCUACGGCGAAGAAGAUGAUUGAGAAACGCAUAACGCGCGGAGGGGAGGAUGCGGCGACGAAGAAGAAAGGUGGGAAAAAGGAUAUUAUUGCGCGGAGAGUUGCGAGAGAGUUUAGGCAUGGUGAUUAUGUGAAUCUGGGCGUCGGACUGCCGACUCUAUCACCACAAUAUAUCCCAGAAGACACAAAGGUCUGGUUACACUCUGAGAACGGGAUCCUAGGAAUGGGCGCAUAUCCUACUGCGGAUGAGGUUGACGGCGAUCUCGUCAACGCAGGGAAGGAGACGGUAACUCUUGUUCCUGGGGCCGCGACAUUCGAUAGUGCGGCUUCAUUCGCCAUGAUCCGUGGGGGUCACGUAGAUGUCUCUGUGCUAGGUGCCUUGCAGGUCAGUGCCGCUGGAGACUUGGCAAACUACAUGAUUCCCGGGAAGGUGCUAAAGGGGAUGGGGGGAGCGAUGGACCUAGUCAGUAGUCCAGAGAAAACCAGGGUUGUGGUGGCGACUGAGCACUGUGCAAAGGACGGCAGUGCGAAGAUUGUGGAGACGUGUGCGCUGCCUUUGACGGGCGCUCGGUGUGUCAGCACGAUCAUUACGGAGCUGUGUGUGUUCCAGGUCGAUAGGGCGAAUGGAAGCUUAACUCUGACGGAGCUUGCAGAGGGUGUAAGCGUAGAGGAGGUGAGGAGCAAGACGGACGCAAGCUUCGAGGUUUCUAGCGAUGUACAGACGAUGCUGCAGUAG